AUCCGGCUGCUCGCCGUCAUCCGUCAUCCGUCAUCCGUCAUCCGUCGUCUCGCAUCCCGCCGCACAUCUCGCCAUGGCAAACAUCUUCGCCAAGCGGCUGACGAAGGAGCUCCGGGAUCUCAAGAACAGCCCUCCGCAUGGAAUCGAGCUCCAAGACCCCGGCGACGACAUGAGCUGUUGGAAAAUCAAGGUCUACGGGGCCUCCGGGACCAUUUAUUCCGGGGAAGUCUUUGUGCUGCAGUUCAAGUUUAUGGGCAGCUAUCCCCUGGACUCACCCGAGGUCAUCUUUAUCGAGUCGAUUCCCAUUCAUCCACAUGUUUACAGCAAUGGCCACAUCUGCCUCUCAAUCCUAUACGAUCAAUGGAGCCCCGCUCUGACGGUCAGCUCAGUGUGUCUAUCGAUCCAAAGCAUGCUCAGCAGCUGUACGAAAAAGGAGCGGCCCCCGGAUAACAACAUGUACAUCCUCACUGCUAAAAAGUCCCCAAAGAGCGCCCACUGGGCUUUCCACGCGCAAGAAAACGAUGAGGAGAUCCUGGACACGCACCCAAUCUCGAUCAUCGUGGUGUCCUGGGGCCCUCAAGAGUGCUGGGAGUACUUUCAAAUCCAAUCAGCCCAAGCGUCAGCCGGCCUACGGACAAUUGCAUCAACAAGCUAUAUUGGUAUCCUGUAG